CUCCUACUAGACUAGUGUGUCCAGUUCUGCUGUGCACAAUUGAAGAAGGAUGUUGCUGAACUGGAAGGAGUUUGGAGAAGAGCAGUGAGAACGAUUAAAGAAUCGGAAAACAGGCCUGCCGGAGACAGAAGUCAGAUGAAUUCAAAGGAGUGAUAAAGUGUGGCGGAGAAAGAGAAGCUGUGGUUGCUUUCCUGGCCCGCAGUUUGGCAGGGCACUAAGAUGUCUGUGGACAUGAACAGCCAGGGCUCUGACAGCAAUGAAGAGGAUUAUGACCCUAACUGCGAGGAGGAGGAAGAGGAUGAGGAUCCUGGGGAUAUUGAGGAUUAUUAUAUUGGGGUAGCUAAUGAUGUGGAGCAGCAGGGAGCAGAUGCCUUUGAUCCAGAAGAAUAUCAGUUUACCUGCCUGACUUACAAGGAGUCGGAGAGCACCUUGAACGAGCACAUGGUCAGCUUGGCCUCCACAUUAAAGGUGUCUCAUGCAGUUGCUAAGCUUGUAUUAGUUAGUUUCCACUGGCAAGUCUCAGAGAUUUUGGAAAGGCACAAGUCCAAUUCUGCCCAGUUGCUAGUGGAAGCACGAGUUCAACCCACCUCAUCUAAACAUACAAUGGUACAUUCCUCCCAUCACUGUGCAGUGUGUAUGCAGUUUGUGCGAAAGGAGAACUUACUCUCUCUGGCUUGUCAGCACCAGUUUUGCCGUAGCUGCUGGGAGCAGCAUUGUACAGUACUCGUCAAGGAUGGUGUCGGAGUUGGGAUCUCCUGCAUGGCUCAGGACUGUCCACUUCGGACACCAGAAGACUUUGUGUUUCCACUGCUGCCUAGUGAGGAGCUGAAAGACAAAUAUCGGCGCUACCUUUUCAGGGAUUACGUGGAGAGCCAUUACCAGCUGCAGCUGUGUCCUGGUGCAGAUUGCCCCAUGGUCAUACAGGUACAGGAGCCCAAAGCUCGACGAGUGCAGUGCAAUCGAUGCAAUGAAGUUUUCUGUUUCAAGUGUCGGCAGAUGUACCACGCGCCCACAGACUGUGCCACCAUCCGGAAAUGGCUCACCAAGUGUGCAGACGACUCUGAAACAGCCAACUACAUCAGUGCUCACACUAAAGAUUGUCCCAAGUGCAAUAUCUGCAUUGAAAAGAAUGGAGGCUGCAAUCACAUGCAAUGCUCCAAAUGCAAGCACGACUUCUGCUGGAUGUGUCUGGGGGACUGGAAGACCCACGGUAGCGAGUACUACGAAUGCAGUCGGUACAAAGAGAAUCCUGAUAUUGUAAACCAGAGUCAGCAAGCACAGGCCAGGGAGGCCCUUAAGAAGUACUUGUUCUAUUUUGAGCGGUGGGAGAACCACAAUAAAAGCUUGCAGUUAGAGGCACAGACAUACCAGCGAAUUCAGGAGAAGAUCCAGGAAAGGGUGAUGAACAACCUGGGAACAUGGAUAGACUGGCAGUACCUGCAGAACGCUGCAAAGCUGCUUGCAAAGUGUCGUUACACCCUGCAGUACACAUAUCCGUAUGCCUACUACAUGGAGUCUGGCCCCAGGAAGAAAUUGUUUGAAUACCAGCAGGCUCAGUUGGAAGCUGAAAUAGAAAACCUCUCCUGGAAGGUGGAACGAGCGGACAGCUAUGACAGAGGGGACUUAGAGAAUCAAAUGCAUAUAGCAGAACAGAGGAGGAGGACCUUGCUUAAAGACUUCCAUGACACAUAAGGCGGAAGGAGGUGGUGAGGUGCAGGGGUGAGAGCAGCAAGCAAAGUGACGGUGGCUGCCUCGAGAGAAAUGAGCACUGCCUGUGGGAGAACCCGGCCAAGGACAAAACCAUCCCCUCCCCUUGCAAAACAGACACGUGCAAACGCCCCAUCUUACUCCCUUUCUGUUUUUUAUCUUUCUGCUUUUCAUUUCUGCCAGGCUAGAGGCUGGAGUUCAGAUUGGCAGCGUUCAUGGGAUGUUUCCUCCUACCCCAGAUGGCUUUUGAGAGAGGGAAUUUUUCUGAAUGGCUGUUAAUAGUAUUAGAUCAUUACAAUUUAUGUAAUUUUCAACGGUUGUACAAUUAUACAAACAAACCCUAGAAUAACACACAACCUUUUUUAAAAAUAAAUUGGCAGUGGAGUGUUUUUCCUUAAUAAUCUGCUUGUAAAUUAAAUGGGCUUCUGUCCCAAAAUCCUUUUCUGCACUGAGGGUUAUGAAAUAACCCAGCUAGAUUUCCCUUUCCUCUAACAUGUGCUUUGUAGCACUGGCCGGUGGCUGCACCAGGAGAGUGGCUGGAGCUCAGAGGGUGCUGCUGCUGUGUUUGCGCCUUACUGCAUCAGCGGUGGCUACAUAUCAGCACAAUGGUGUGUGGCAUCUCUUCUCUCGGCAGUAGUAUGUGCUGCAUGAACCAAAGCAAAUGGAGGUGUUAUAGGGCAGAGAUCAGGUUAACAUAGGAGAUAUGCCAAGCGGUAAUUCAGAUCUUUGCAUUCAGUGAAUUUAAAGUCUUCCAUGUGGAUUUUUGCUUUAGUUGGUUUUUAGGGGUUUUCUAUGCUGCCAAAACUAUGGUGUUUGGGAGACUGUUAGAACAGUUGUUCUAACAGUGUUAAAUAGGCUUGGUCUUGUUAGGCAGAGUGGAACAAGCCAUGUUACUUCAAUGCAUACAGCUUUGUAAAGAUCAGUCAGACAUGGAGUGUAACAUGAUCAAACCACUUUGGUCCCAUUUACCCAGGCAAGACUAAGCCGCAUUGCAAGUCCAGGGGGAACAGUAAUGCAUAGUGUGGUCCCUGACACCCAUCUUGGCAAUGUAGACAGGCACUCAAAACAAAGUGCUAGAGCUAACAUUGUUCUGCAUCAAGCCAGACUGAACACUGACUGGUGGAGUUAAUUUAUGUGUAUAUUGGUAUUAAAGCUGCUGGAUGGUUGUUAUAAGUCUGAUUAUUGUCUGGGACUCUCAGAGCUUUUGUAUGGCAUGUUUAAUGUAAAAUAUAAACAAUUUUUUUAAAAAGUGACCUCCCCAAUUCAUCUUAACAAGGGAGUCACUUCAAAACAGUGGCUUAAAUGCCAACGCUUUACGAUGGUGCAUGAACCAUGUACAGGUGCCUAUGUAACACAUGGACUUGUACGUGCAUCUGCUAUAGGUAGGCAAAAAUGGAGUAGCUGAGUGUCUGAGCUGAGGAAAUCCCCAAGUCUAGUGUGAAAGUAGGGAAUUCCCUUCCAUGCCAUUUUCAUGAAGAAUGUUGCCCUGACACAUUCCUUACUAGGAUAUUCGUAUUUUCACCCUUUUUGACUUGACAGGCUGAAAGACUGACUGGGAGUCUUCCUAAUUCCUGCUUGACGAAAUAAGCUACUCUCUUUUUUAUAUGAGACACAUGCACCAUAUGACUCUAGCCCCCAGAACUGGGUAUGUAGGUUUUAACCAUGUGAAGGUGGGAGAAAAGAGAGGGCCCUCAGUUUGAGAGGGAUACUUCUUAUAUGAACUAAUCUUGUGGACAGAGCUUGUACAGUACUGUGCAGAGUUAAUGUUUAUCCAGUGCUUUAAAGGUGUAAAGCGCAAAGUACUAAUGUAGGAUAUGAACUGAUGUUCUAGUUAAGCUAGCUGCAGUCAGGUGAAAGUUGGCCUGUUUGCCAGAGAGGUAUAGGGAGGUAUCUUUUCUAAUCCUAAAUACUCAGCUUUGCUGCCAGAUGGUGCCCGCUCCUCCCUGCUCACUUACAUCGCAUAAGCAUUUAGCUCUGAACCAGGAUAAGCAUAUUUUGCUUAAACACAAAGUGUUUUAAAAUCCUCAUUCCUGGAGCAGUGUAGGUCAGAUGGCAGGAACCAAUUGCCAAAUGGCCCUGAGAGCUGACUCGCAGUCCAGACUGCUCAGACAUCUUGGUGAUGAGCACUUAAGAAAUCCGUACAAAUACAGACUGCUUUGAAAGCCAUCUCUUUGGAGUUACACAAAACUCAAGCUUUGUCAACAAGGUUUUGUUUCUCCAAAACUCUUCCAGGAAGGAGGCUGUGAAUUUCCUGGUUCCCAUGAACAGAUCCUGCUUCCACCUCUGUGUAGAAAACAAGGCGGGAUUGCGUCUUUGCAGUGUGAGCCCAAACAGGGCAACGUUUGUGCAGCUGUAGUAUAGGAACAGUUAAAACUGUGGGGAGAUCCCCCAUUUCCUGCUCAUUCUGGCAUCUGAAAAGGAUAAGCUGCUGCUGUUUGAGAGGUGGGUGACUGAUAGGAAAGAAAUUAGUGUUCUCAAGAUCAAAGGUAAAGGGGAAAAUUCUGUUUUGUGAACACAGCCCCUUUCAAGUCAAUGAGGUGGCCUGAGAAUAGAAGUUGGAUCAGGCUAUUAACUCUAAAGGUACAAAUUUUCCCCGGCACCAGUAACAUGGUAAUCUGGCAGUGUUUGUCCCUUCCUCUUUUUGCAGCUGCUUGCUAUUCCUAGGUCAGCCUGACGUCUCUCUCCAUCCUUGCAUCUGAUGCUCAUUAUUUCUGCUUUGCUCAUGCUAAUGCACUGUCUGACUUAGAUCUCUAACAGUCAUCAGACUUCCUGGACCGUACAAAGUUUUCUACUGACAAUAUAAACUGCAUGACUGCUGCUCCGCACAUGAAUUGCUCACUGCACCUAUGUGGGACAGGAACAGCAGGAGGUUUCUGUACUAUAAUUUCACAUUCAAACUUUUAGACUUUUUAAGCAGGUGAUAAAUAGAACUUUAUUUUUAAAUGAGACUUGUUCUAGGGACUCCUUUUCUCACCUGCAUCUGCUCAGUUGGAUUGUUCUUCAGGAUUUCAGAUAGCAGCUGCUGCUGUGGGAGCUUUAGUAUUAUGGAGAGUGUUGCUGUUUCCUGGCUGCCUUGUUCUGUUGGCGAGGUCUUCUCCAAGAAACUGACACCACUCUUAGCUUUUCUUUAUAGGCAUUGGAGGGGAAGGGGCAAAGGAAAAUGCCCUUGAAAUAUUUCCCAGAGGUGGAGUGGUUUAUUUGAAAUAAAUUGUGAAUUUAUAAUUUUAAA